AUGUUCGAUAAGCAGGUUGUACUAGACUUCCUGUGGAGGAUAGUACCCACAGUACACAUCCUACACAGCUUCCAUAUAAGUGCCCUGUUUUUGUACCUUUGGGUGUUCUCUGAUGCAUUUAAAUCAAUACCAAGUGUUACUCCAUCUUAUGUCUAA